CCGUGAUUGUGGUAGCUGUAUUGGAGAGAGAGAGAGAGAGAGGUUAUCGCGCUCACGACCUGGCAAAGUGAAAGCGAUUGUCAUUUGCAGUAACAGAUUUGAUUGUUAUCAGUGCGAAUUAUUGUUCUGGAACAGAUACAACCGCAACAAUGCUCCGUAUCGCGAAAGCUUUCUCGUCAGCCCCCAGGAACCUGAACAAAGCCCUUGAAACACCUUUGGAAUCCUGGAUCUUACCCAGAUGUUUGGCGACUCAAGCUGCAGCGAAGCCGGAAGUAGACAGAUCCGAAAAGAAUGCCCUUGGAAAGGAAUCUCAAUCCUUCACCAUGAAUCUCUUCCGUGGCCAGUUGCAAUUAAAUCAAGUCUGUCCAUUCCCGGAGCCGCUUAACCAGGAGCAAACCGAGACGAUAAAGAUGCUCGUGGAUCCCGUGGAGAAGUUUUACGAGGAAGUGAAUGACGCGGUCAAGAACGAUCAGAACGCAUGCGUGGACGAGAAGACGACGGCCGCUCUCUGGGAAAUGGGUGCGUUUGCCUUGCAAGUACCCCAGGAGUUCGGUGGACUCGGAUUGUGCAACAGCCAGUACAGCCGAAUCGUCGAGAUAUGCGGCUACCACGAUCUGGGUAUCGGUAUCAUGCUCGGCGCGCAUCAGAGCAUAGGAUUUAAGGGCAUACUUUUGUUCGGCACUCCAGAACAAAAGGCCAAGUACCUGCCCCGAGUUUCCAACGGCGAGUUUGCCGCCUUUUGCCUGACGGAGCCAACUGCCGGCUCGGACGCCGCUCGAAUACGAACGCGCGCGGUGAAAUCCGCGGACGGCUCGCACUACGUCCUCAACGGCAGCAAGAUCUGGAUCUCGAACGGCGGUAUCGCCGACAUUUUGACCGUCUUCGCGCAGAUAUCCACCACGGAUCCGAAUACAGGCGAGACGAAGAACAGGAUGGGCGCUUUCAUCGUCGAGAGGGGUUUCGGCGGUGUCACUAGCGGACCGCCCGAGAAGAAGAUGGGUAUUAAGUGCAGCAACACAGCGGAAGUGUUUUUCGAAGAUGUCAAGGUCCCCGCGGAGAAUCUUCUUGGCAAAGAAGGAGAAGGUUUCAAGAUCGCCAUGAACAUUCUGAACAAUGGUAGAUUCGGUAUGGCGGCGGCCCUUUCCGGCACCAUGCGUUACUGCAUCCACAAGGCCGUGAGUCACGCAACGCAGCGCCUGCAGUUCGGCCGUACUCUGGACAAUUACGGCACCAUACAGGAAAAGAUAGCGCGUAUGUCGAUGCUGCACUACGUCACCGAGUCCCUCGCGUACGCGAUCUCCGGUAACAUGGACAGCGGAAGUACGGACUAUCACUUGGAAGCGGCUAUUUCUAAAUGUUUUGCGUCCGAGUCCGCGUGGUGGGUAUGCGAUGAGGCUAUUCAAACUAUGGGCGGAAUGGGCUUCAUGUCCGAAGCUGGCCUCGAGCGUGUGAUGCGCGACUUGCGCAUAUUCCGGAUCUUCGAAGGAACGAACGACAUUCUGCGGUUGUUUGUGGCGCUCACCGGGAUUCAAUACGCUGGCAGCCACUUGAAGGAGCUGCAGAGGGCGUUUAAAAAUCCCACUACGAAUUUAGGAGUGAUCGUCGAGGAAGCCACCAAGCGAGCGACCAGAGCGAUCGGCCUGAGAUCACCGGCCACUUUUGGCAAUUUGGUUCACCCGAGGUUGACGGAGAGCGCUGCGCUUUGCUCGAAGAGCGUGGAGAGUUUUGGCCAAACCAUAGAGACCGUGCUUAUUAAAUACGGACGAGGCAUCGUCGACGAACAAUUUGUCCUCAACAGGAUCACGCAGGCUGCCUUCGACACGUACACCAUGGCGGUUGUGCUGAGCAGGGCGACCAUGUCGUUGAAUAAGAAUCUACCUAGCGCGGAACACGAGCUGUUAAUGGCACAAACUUGGUGCGCAGAGGCAUCCGACCGCGUUGCGUACAAUUUACAGCAGACCAGUUCCGGCAAGCAAUUGGACGUCUUCAGUAAAUUAAGCAAAAUUUCGAAAAACGUGUGUGACGUCGGUGGAUGCGUACAAUUAAAUCCUCUGAAUUUUUAAGGGCACUGUAAACUCGACUUAAACGAUAACCAUGUUUUAACGAUACUUAUAAUCGAUACUGGAAAACCAACAGAAAUCAUUUUUCUCGUUACAGAAGAUAAGCUGAUUUUGUUUUGUAAUUUAAAUAGGCAGUAUCAAUUAAAAGAAGUUGAAUAUUUAGAUUAAUAGUAAAUAUUUGUACAUUAUAUUUAAUACGUUAAAUCUGGUCAAAUUUUACGCAAAAUGACGUAUGUUAAGUCAAACGAACGAUAUCGAUAAUAUUCGACUUCUAGAAUUAGCCAAAACUGAAAAGUCCGUUUUUGCGGUAUACUUGUAAAUAUUUUUCGCGGAAAGUUGCUUGUACAGUGUAGGAAACAAUUUUUCAGAAAACAAUUAACAAUGCAAUUAGAACACUUGUAAGGUGUAAAGUAUAAGGUAUAUCAUGUGAAUACAAAAUUAUGUAUUUUUAAUAUACUUUUCAUACCUUUACACGAAAUUAUGAUUCCAAAUAAAUAAUUAUACAUUCU